AUGACAACAGAACACAAGACACCUUGGUGCUUGCCUGCCUUUCUGUCUGAGGAGGUGACUGCACGUCAAACAGCCUUGACGGAACUCAAGUCUGCAAUUUCUUCAUCUGAAGAGGCUGCUGGCAAAGGAAAAGGCGACUUAAUCUAUGCUACCAGGCGGCUAACGGUGACCAAUCAACAAUUGGUCCAACUCCAAGUCGAUCUCAAAGACAAGACCAAGGCUGGGCAAUGCUUUCCUGAUGCAGACAGAAAAAGGGAGGGAAGAUGCCAGGACUACGAGAUGCGAAAGCAGUCUAGAAAGAGCGAGGAGGAUGUGAUCAAAGAGGCAGAGAUUCUUCUGAUGAUUUUGUCAGCAGAAACAUGGGCAACCAGCUUCAUACAGCUGGAGCAAUCCUCUCAAAGCAAAGUGGCUGGCCACUCAAUAGACUUGAAGGCAAAGCUUAUGAGCACUGCCACCAGCCCGGGAUUGGCAGCGCUACUCCUCCAGUCACAGACUUCAGGGAGGAAAGAUGUGUUCCAGAAGGUCAAGGCGAUGAUCCACGAGAUGCUAAGCAAGCUCCGUGAACAGCAAACGCAGGACUCACGCCGAGAUGCAUGGUGCAAGACCGAGUUGGCCAACACACAGACUUCAAAGGCUAGCAAAAGUACCAGAGCUGACAAGCUGAAGACUAGGAUGCUUGCUAUGAAUGCUGAGCUGGCAUCAUUGAAAUCUGAGAUCGCAACAGGCAGAGCUUGGUGUCCAAAACUCUUGGAAACGCUAAGCGCUGCAACGUUGCAGCGCAACAAAGAGCAGGAAAAGGCCAGAUCUGACGUCAUUAUGUAUGAAGAGGACCAAAGAGUGCUCAAAGAAGCGUUGGUGGUCCUGAAGCGGGUCUAUGGUGAGAGCCCAGUGGUGGUAGUCAAUUUGAUGCACUCGAAUCUGUUUGGAGGCUCCAGUGUGGUCAGUCUUUUGCAAGUCUCCCUGGAGAAUUUUGCAGAGCUAGAGGAGGAAACAAGCGCGUCUGAAAAGCAAGCCGCUGCUGAUUUCAAGGAGAUGGAAUCAACGACCCAAGUACGGCUUGCUACGUUUGAGAAGGACGUUGAGUACAACAGCCAGACAUUUACAAAGCUUGAGUCUGAUUUGGUUAGAGCAAGCUCUGAUCUUGGAAGCUACGAGAAGGAAGUCAAGGCACUUACAAAGUAUUUGCAAGAGCUGGAUGUCUCCUGCUCCGACCUGCCGACAUGGUUGAAAUCAAUUGGAUGUGUUCACUGUACAGCACCAGCGGUAGCUUGA